AUGGAUUUACAACAAAAAAAUAUUGACUUAAAAAGAAUUCGCUUUGUUGCAUUUGAUGGUGCUGCAGUAUUCAGUGGAGUACACAAUGGUGUUGCUGCUAGAUUUCGUGCUGCAUUCAAUCUUGCAAUAUUAUUUAUUUAUUGUCGAGCUCAUGCGUUACAAUUAGCUAUAAUAUCUGCUGCAGAUGGUAUUCCAGAUAUUUGUAAAAGUUUAUCAACAUUUAAAUCAUUAGUUAAUUUUAUCAAUCGAUCAUCAGUAAGAUUAACUUUAUUUGAAGAUAUUCAAGAUAUUUUUAGAAACCAACAUAUUACAUUAAUUCAACCAGGUGAUACUCGUUGGCUUUCAAACUCAUUAGCUAUUCGAUCUCUCUUACAAUCCUAUCAAUCAUUAUUAGUAACACUAGAACAUAUUUAUAAUGAAAGCAACGAAGAAAGUGCGGAAGCAUUAGGUCUUUACAAUAUCUUAUCAGAUGAAACAACUUCAUUUAUUCUUCAUACACUUCAACCGAUAUUAGAUACUUUAGCUAUUUUAUCGAAAUCGAUUCAAACAAAAGCAGCUGAUUUUAAACAAUUACAAGAUUUUAUAUCAUCAACCAUGCUUCGACUUGAACAGCUUAAAGAUUAUAAUUCGAUUGAUUAUGUUAAUAUUAUUGAAACAAUUCAAAAAUUAUCAUUAACAUCUUUAACAAUUCGAAAUUCAAGAUCAUCAACAUCAAAUGUACGAUUAAAUACUGAUGAAGUUUUCAAGACAAAAAUUCUUCCAUUUAUCGAAAACAUUAUUAAUAAUAUUCAAGCUCGUUUUGAACAAAGUACUCUUGAUAGACUUAAUUGCUUUAUGAUAUUUGAUAUGGAGAAUAUGAAUAAUAAUAAAGAUUAUGGUGAUAAAGAAAUACAUACUAUUCGACAACAUUAUUCGAGUGACUUUGACGAAUCAGUAAUCUAUGAAUGGAAAACAUUUCGUACAUAUUUAUUAACACAAAAAAAAAGUGGCAAAUUCAUGACACAACGAGAAGUUUGUAUGAAGCUUGUUCAGGAUGGAAUGUUAAAAGAUAUUUAUCCACAAUUAUCAUUAGCUACAGAAAUCUUCCUCAUUGCACCUGCUAGUACGGCCACAGUUGAAAGAGAUUUCUCAACGAUGAACCGUGUUCUUACAAAAUUAAAAAAUCGAUUAACAACGGAACACGUGAAUCAGUUAAUGAAAAUUUCAAUCGAAGGUGCAGAUACUUUAAAUGAAGAAAUGAAAGAGGAAAUCAUCAAUUACUGGAAAAAAGUAAAACCACGUCGUUUAGCAAUUUGA